AUGGUGGUAUCAGUGAGGUAAAUAUUUAGGUAGGUGGAAAAGAACUUUUUACAUUAUUAGAAACAAAACCUUUGUAAAAUCAUAUAAUUUCAGUUUGCUUUUAAUUGAUCCUUUUAGACUAUAUAGUAGCAUGUAAUGAUAAUUUGAACAGACAACAACCACCAAAACAAGUUUCCCAGAUUAAACCAUGCUAUACUAAACAUUCAUUUAUAAAUGAAUUAGCCAGGAUUUAUCACUUUUAGAUUGAUGAAACUAAAUACUUCCUCAAGGACAAAUACAAUCAUUUAUGCUACUACUCGACAACUUAAUCAAACAACAAAGAAAAAAAAAAGUGGUCAUAUUUGAGAGGACUUUUAUAUUGA